AUGUGUAGCAGUAGUAUGGGAGCUUCUGAUGCUGAAGACGUAGAGAUCGAAGAUUUGUCCGGUUGGGAUGAUAUCCGCGACUUCUUCACUAACACCUUGGCCUUGUCACAACAGUAUGCGUUUGAUGAGAACUCUUUUGUAGAUGAGAACAUCGAUGAUAUUAACAAUGUUCUCGCUACAGAGAAAAUUCAACUAAAGCUAACAAGAAUUAUGAGGAAAAAAAUAAAAUGCCCGCUAUGUGCCUUUGAAACGAGGUUGAAGAGUACUAAGGGACUCUCUGUGAGGAAUGUCCUAAAGGUCAUCAAGAGACAUUUGUUGCUCCAUGAGCAAGAAAUUGAAGAAAUGAAAGAUAAAGAUUGUCCGAUUUGCGGUUUUUCGUGUUCGGAGAAGUAUAUGAGGAAGCAUUACAGAAUGGAACAUCCGGACGAAGAUGUUCCUGCUUUUCCGGAAAGCUCUAAAAGUACCGGGGUUCUAGCUUCUCUGCUCAAAAUGAUCGACGAGCGAGCUAAGAGUGCAAUUGAAGUCAAGGUCCCCGUCAAGAACGAUCGUAUUCAGAAGAACUCUUUUUUCCGAGGAUUCCGAUCUCGUCAUAGUUUAAAGACCUUCCAAGAACUGAUCCGCAAAGAAUUCGAGAAAACUGCAAGCUAUUCUCUAUUCUUCCAAUUCAAAGUUUCCACUUACAAGAAAAUCCCGUAUAGAUGGGCUUGUGGUUUAUGUGAAAAUGAUACUGUAGGAUACCUUCCUCACGCGUUCACCAAUGACUUAUCUCUGCGUUUGUAUGUUUUGAGACAUUUCUCUAUUUAUCAUACCGAAGAAGAUUCCAUCAUGCAACUCUGUGACAGAGAAUGGAAGAACUUGACAAAAGAUACAGGCUUGGAGUUGCAACGUUACAAUAAAUGGAGUAGUCGCUUUGAAAUGGAGAACAGGAGUGCCUGGCUAUGCCUCGAACCAUAUAAUAAUGAAAAUAAAGAUCUAAUCUUGGAGAUGAUCUCCAGGGAAGUUAUUGAGGAUAACACGCGCCUUGCUUGUGAAUCAGUGAUAUGCUUGAUAUGCCUGAACAGUUAUAAAGCAUCCCGAAUUGAGCCCCACUUCCACACUGAUGAAUGCCACAGACAGUUGAAAUCACAUCCUGAAAAAACUGAAUUUGUGGAAAUUGGAGAAAUAGCUGAAUUUAAUGUACUAGAUCUUAACAUCUACCCCAUGGGUUUGCUGCGCUAUUCCAAAAUGUUUUGUUUAACAGAAGACGAUGAAACCACGUCUGUACCUUUUUAUAAAUGGAGAUGUCCUCUCCCCUGUGGGCAGAACGGUCAUAUUAGCGAUGUUCUGCAUUUCCCGAAAGCGACUGUCUUACGUUUAUACGUCUUGAAGCACUUCAUGGAAUUCCAUGCUGGUUUCUUCGCAGACUCUUUCAUAGAGCAUGAAUGGAAACUGUUGAGUAACACCAUGAAAAUAUCUGAACCUCUUCUUCAUACUGACCCCAUCUCAGAAGCGGAUAAUUUCGAACUCGAUGAUCCUAACGAUUUUCAAUGGCCACUCGCUUCAAUGUUAAUCUUUAAGAGUUAUAAGGAUUUCAAGGUUUGUUACUUCUGCUACUGGUGUGGUCUGCCCGAUGCUUUUCUCGAUCACAUCACCAUCCAUGGCUACCUGCCUACUGAUAAGAGAUUAGUUUCAAAUGCUGUUUUAUAUAAAAGUCAGGAGAAGAAGUUAAAGAAGAAUUGUUUCGUCCCACAUGAGAUUGAGAGCUUCCCGAGAAAAGUUUUAGGACCAUUGGGCAGAGGUUUCAGAAGAACUUUGACUGAACCGAGUAAGAAUGAAGAGCAACGCUUAGAGCUUGAAACCCUUUCAUCAUGUUGCGAUACUGAGGAGAAACUUGCUUCAGAUAUGGAUAGCAUGAAUUCCCAACCAUUGGCUGAUGUCUCUUUCUCUAGUAGCCUUCGUAGUUCUGCACGAAAUUCUGCUAGAAGUGCAUCGUUGAAGAUAACACAAUCUCUUGACGAGGGUGCAUGGAAGGACGCUAUAGCAGAUUCAGCCAGCACUUCUUCCAGUGAUGACGACAACUCAUCUGAUUCGGAUGGUGGACAAAGAAGAGAAUCACCAGAAAGCGAGGAAGAUAUUUCACAAAAAAGCAAAGAUGAUGCUACAGAAGACAACGAGGAGGAUGAUGACAAUGAUAUGAUUGCUGAUACAACGUUAACUGAGAAGUCUUCCAUUGUGGUUUCCUCAGCGGAGAAUAGAAGUGAUACUAGCUCAAACUGCUUUUCGCGAAAUGCAGUCUUGAUUGAGCAAGCAACUGCGGAAAAGAUGAGCCUCAUCAAAAAGAAAUUCGAACAUGCGAUUCUCGAAGACCUUCCUGCACCAACGUUUUCUGAACUCAAGGCUCUGGAAUUGAUGAAACUAAGGAGAUGUUUCUUGUGCAAAGGUACUCCGUUGGUCAAAACUUCUGGACAAUCCGGUAUCUCCACCGGCAUGUUGGAGAAUUAUGUUCUUGCACAUUACAUCAUGAGACAUUCUAAUGAUCCGACAGUCCACCUUCUGCUCGAGAGAAAGAGAUCAAUGCUUCUAAGCAAAGAACCUUUCUAUCCGACGCCGUUUCUUCUAGAGCAUAAGCCGUAUCUGGUUUGUUCUUCUUGUUCGAGCUAUAAAGCGACCCGGUUCUCAAUAUUACUAACUCAUUUCAUCGGCUGUGUGAAAGUAACAGAGAAGAAAAUUAUCAAAGAGCCGAUGGAACCGUCGUUAGGAUCAACAGUUUGUCGCUUGUCAAAUUGUGGCUUGAAACUACGAGCAGGAAAGAAAUAUGACCCUAACUAUACACAGCUCAUACACCUCCUCAGUUCUCAUGCCAAAGAGAAAGAAGCAUAUGCGUUGGCUAUGAAGCUGAUAGAACAUCACAACUUUGCCGAAACUCUUCCUUACACCGAUGUUCCUAAGUCAUUUGCUCUUACAAUCGACAAAUCUCAUCUCAUGCUAGUUUGCUCUAAAUGCGAACACUCUUUCCACAAGCCGACCGAAAUCCUGGCUCAUUCACUUCGAUACCAUGCAAUUGUGGAACGAAAGAUUUGUCCAUAUAACUGUGGGAAUGAUAUAACCAGGAAGAAAGGAGUCUCUUGGGACAUCAGGGUCCAUCUUCAUUUGAUAGAGGAACAUUUCAUGGAAGAUGAUGUGUUCUCUCAUUUUGAUGAACGAAUUCAGAAAUUAUUCACUGACCAUGAGAUAUUUACAAUUGAUCUUGCGAGAUCAGUCGAAGAGUCUAGGGAAGUUCAUCGUUCAGUCCAUGUGUGUGUGGUAUGCGACAACGUUGUCAUGUCCAAGUUCCAUCAACAUAAGAAGAUUUGUUCGAAAGGUUUCGAUGAAACUUUUUCCUUGAAUCAAACAACUCCUGGAAAUCGAUCAGUUAACAUUAAAAAUUCCUCUGCCGUCUCUUGCUCAUCUAGAACUAGUUCACUCGCGAGAGUAGCCUGCAAGUUCUGCCGAAAGUCUUUCUUGUCAUGCCACAGCGAAGAGGCUACUCUUAUUGCUCAUUCAUUGAAAAAUCACAGAGGACACAAGCUCGUAAAGGAAUGGUUCGAUUCAUUAAACAUUGAAGAAGUUCAAGAUAGAAUUCCCUUUCUAUACAUACGCAAAGGAUUAGAAGCUUACAAUAUGCCAAGCUCUUCCAGUAGCUGUUUAUUCUGCUCCGUCUGUUCUAAAAACUUCAAAACUUUGAGUCACUUGCUUGGUCAUUACACAACUCAUAACAUUGAACAUGGAUCAGUGAAAAAGACGGAAAACUCACGUUUUUGCUCGUUCUGUAAGAAACACCUAAAGAGGGCAGUGAAUUACUCUGGUUUGGUGGGUUUCACGGCUCACAUGAUUGAAUGUCAUCCCGAAGAAGUGACUUCAUCCUACUUUACGGAAGAAGAUAAGAAAGAAAACCUCGAAUCCAUUCCCUUUAUUGACGUAGAGAAAUCUGUCGCUUCCAAGAAACUAAUUUGUUCGUUAUGCUCACAAGAUUACAAAAUGUUGAGAAACAUGCUCCAUCAUUGCUUCAUAAGUCAUAGUCUGGAAUGUAGUACCGCAAGGAGGGUGUCCGAAUCCGAAAAUAACCUUGAUGAAGAAAUCUCUCAAAGCACCCCCAAGAGAAGUUGCCGUCGAGAACCAAAUUUCAAGAUUGACUUUGGUGCCGAAGCAUCUCCUAUACUACCACCUUCUGCCUCUGACAAAGAAAAAUGGAAAAAUACUUUCAAAAGAUAUGGAAAACUUCAAAUUGACCUGAGGGAGAAAAGCCUGUUGAUGGAAGGUUCUGGCUCAAAGUCGAAGCAAACUAAGCUGAACUCUUUCAUGAAAAAAGUAGAUUCGACAGCAUCCCAAGAGCCUGAUAAGACUUCUUGUGAAGAAACAACUGAUCAAUUGGACUCUGUUGAAACCAAUAGCAAUAAGUCCUCCAAAAAUUCUGACGGUUGGCUUCAGAUGAAUAACACACAGAAUGUUAUUGCUCCUGCUAUUCCUGCUCUGAGACUGAAAAGCGCGCUUGAAUCUAGCUCCGCAUCUCAGAGCUGUGAGAAUUUGGCAGAAGCGUUAGGGUCGAUGUUAGAUGUAAAGUCAACGAAUUCUUCUUUUCAAAAUGACUCGGUUCUAUCCUUGCUACCUUCCUUUGCGGUUGAUAAUGUUAGUAGCCCGAGCGUGGCACCCUGUGAUCUCAGUCAUGUUCCAGGUGUUAACGGAUACAAAUGUAAAAGAUGUGAUUUUGUCGGAUUGAAAAUUCAAGACAUUGUGAAACAUAUGAAACUAAUACACAACACUGGCACAGCCAUGAAGAAGCCUGAGAAACGGGAUAUAAUCUCGAGUUGUAUAAUCUGUAGAAGGUGUUUUGCCAGUCGACAGAAGUUGUACGUUCACAUCAGGGAUGCUCACCCGGACGAGAAGAGACCCUUCCCAUGUAGCUAUUGUGGAAAAGGAUUCAGUAAUCCCACUCGUUUGCGAGAACAUGAGCGACGAAAUCACGAAGAGAAUUUCAACGUUGAACCAGAAUCUCUGAAGUGUGAGCACUGUUCAGUGGUCUUCCUGAGCGUACGUAACAAGAAAUUGCAUGAAAAACGACAUAAAAUGUCAAAAGAUUAA